AUGGCGCUGAGCACCCGGGCCCGAUCCUUCUCUGUGGAGGCCCUGGUGGGGAAAAGGAAACUGGAGGAGCCAGGGGCCACAGUGGACAAGAAAGGGGCCACGCAGCAACUGAGGAACCCCGGGACUGAGGAGGAGCCGGAAAAGAGAUCCAAAUCGGCGGCGCCCCUUUCCCCGGCCUGCCCGGCGCCCCCCCAUGUCCAGGUGGAUCUGCAAGGGGGGGAUCUAUGGAGGAGAUUUCAUGAGAUCGGAACCGAGAUGAUCAUCACCAAGGCGGGCAGGAGGAUGUUCCCAUCUGUUCGGGUGAAAGUGAAAGGACUCGAUCCGGACAAACAGUAUUAUAUCGCCAUGGACAUCAUCCCCGUGGACUCCAAGAGAUACAGGUACGUCUAUCACAGCUCGCAGUGGAUGGUCGCCGGGAACACUGACCACUCCUGUAUCACCCCCCGACUCUACAUUCACCCCGACUCGCCCUGCUCCGGGGAGACCUGGAUGAGGCAGAUCAUCAGCUUCGACCGCGUCAAGCUGACCAACAACGAGAUGGACGACAAAGGACAUAUCAUUCUGCAGUCGAUGCACAAAUACGAGCCGCGCGUCCACGUCAUCGUCCGGGACUCCAGGUUCGAGCUGUCGCAGAUCCAGUCGCUGCCGGCUGAAGGGGUGAAGACCUUCUCGUUCAAGGAGACGGAGUUCACCACAGUGACGGCCUAUCAGAACCAGCAGAUAACAAAGCUGAAGAUAGACCGGAAUCCAUUCGCCAAGGGAUUCAGAGACCCCGGGAGGAACCGAGGCGUGCUGGACGGCCUGCUGGAGAGUUACCCCUGGAGACCGGCGCUGGCCAUAGACUUCAAGGCUCUGACAGAGACGACAGGUGAGAGGUCACCUCCCAUAGACACCCCCUCCCCCCCGGGGCCGCGCUCCGCCCUCUUCCCCGGCGCGGACAAGCAGGCCUGUCCGGGGGGGCCGCUCCUGUCCCCCCUCACGCUGGACGUCCCUCUCUUGUCUGCGUUCAGCAUCUCCAAACCCGACAGACUGGAAACCGCCAAAAGUGCGCGCGUCCCGGCGCUGUCCCCCGCCGCCCACAUGCUGUACGGACUCCCCGUAUCGGGGAACGUUCUCCCCUCCGCCCGGGAAUCCCUCCAUUGCUCUGUGCACCCUUCCUACGGCUUCUACAACCUCGCCGUGCCGCCGCACUUCAUCGCCGCCAACCAGUACAAGAUGGCCGACGCUUUUACCGCGUCACACAUAGACGGCCGGCCCAACGGUUCCCGCUGGCCGCCGCCGCUCAACCAUUGCCUGCCGCGCUCCGCCCUCUUCCCCGGCGCGGACAAGCAGGCCUGUCCGGGGGGGCCGCUCCUGUCCCCCCUCACGCUGGACGUCCCUCUCUUGUCUGCGUUCAGCAUCUCCAAACCCGACAGACUGGAAACCGCCAAAAGUGCGCGCGUCCCGGCGCUGUCCCCCGCCGCCCACAUGCUGUACGGACUCCCCGUAUCGGGGAACGUUCUCCCCUCCGCCCGGGAAUCCCUCCAUUGCUCUGUGCACCCUUCCUACGGCUUCUACAACCUCGCCGUGCCGCCGCACUUCAUCGCCGCCAACCAGUACAAGAUGGCCGACGCUUUUACCGCGUCACACAUAGACGGCCGGCCCAACGGUUCCCGCUGGCCGCCGCCGCUCAACCAUUGCCUGUAG